AUGGCGGCCGUCGUCGGUCAUUACAAUUUUUGGAACAUAACAAGCGAGAAAGCUUUACAAGAUGCAUGGCUACAUUUAGAGAAUGUCAAGCCUCUGUCGGCUACCAGUUCUGUUCUCUCGAUAGUCAUGGCGCCCAUAAUAGUGCUUGGCAAUUUGCUUGUCUUGCUGGCAGUUUGGAAAGAUCCGCUAAAGAAACUUCGAUCAUCACCAUCAAAUUUCAUUUUGGUCUCCAUGGCUCUCGCUGAUCUUUCGGUUGGGCUUGUUGUUUGUCCAAUCACGGCGUAUUGGGGCUGGGUAAUAUUUGAAAAAGGAACAUCGCCUUUUGACCUCUCCGUAAUUUUUGCCAUAAACGUGUUUUCGGUGAAUGUCAGCUUUGGCCACAUGUUCCUGUUAACAGUGGAUAGGCUUUUCGCCGUGGUUAAACCGCUCCAGUACCGUGUUAUAAUAACAAAUAAACGAGCAGUCAUUGCAAGUUGUGUUUGCUGGAUCUAUUUUUUGGCAUUUGGGUGUUCAUUCCUGAUGCUGAGGGAUUAUUUUGCCAUAAUGGGAGCUGUCUACAAUGUACAACUUCUCUCCAUCCUUGUAAGCAUGCUCAUAAUGUACACUGUGAUCACGAUUAGAUUACGUAGGUAUUCAAAAACAAGAAUGAAUAAACCAAUUCAUUCUCCAAACAGUCUUCUCGUUAUCCUCCAGAGGGAAAAAAGGCUCUUCAAAGCAAUAACAAUCGUCAUCUGUGCAUUUCUUAUUUGCUACAUGCCCUGGUUUAUAGUUCAACUAUUGAUAUAUUUGUGUAAACCAUGCCACCCUCAUUUGGCUUUGCUUAUGAUUUUCUUUGGAUUUUCGGGCAGUUUAACUUACGCAAACUCGGGCUUGAAUCCAAUAUUAUAUUCAUGGCGGCUUCCAAGAUACAGAGAAACAUUCAAAUACUUUUGGAAGAAAAGAGGUUUGAAAGUUAAGGCUCAAACAAACAAGAACAGCAGUGAAGAGGUUAAAAAUACAAAACUCUAG